AUGGGGCUGAAACCGUUGGAAUUUUCUGAUUGUAUAUCGGACAGUCCAUGGUUCCGACAGAAUCUAUAUGAACAUGAAAUGGCACUAGAUGAGGCUUACAAAAGUAUGAAAAAUAUUGAACAUCAAUGCAGAGAACUAAUAACAUGUACUAGAAAACUUUCAAACGCUCAAAGGGCAUUUUCAAAAUCUUUAACUGAUUUUAAAAUUGAAACAGUUGGUAACAAUCAAACUGAUGAUGAAAGAGUGAUUUUUACUUGUCUCACAGAAUUCGCUAAACUUAUUGUACAGGUGGAAGAGGAGAGAACCAAAAUAUUAAAUGAAGCAGAAUCUCAUUAUUUAGAACCGUUGCGAAAAUUUCGCACAGAAGCUAUAGGUCGAUGUUUACAUGAGGAGAAGAGAAAAUAUGAGAAAGAGAGUGCCAAGUUUUACCAAAGUUUGGAGAAGCACCUCCAUCUCAGCACGGUUCGCAAAAAUGAUUUCCGUGAUGCUGAUGCCCAACUUGACAUGCAACAACACCAGUUUUGUAAAGCUUCCCUUCAAUAUGUAGCGGAAAUUCAAUCAGUGCAGGAAAGAAUGAAGUUCGAAGUUGUAGAGACACUUAGUUCCUUUCUGUAUUCCUGGCUCACGUUCUACCACGUCGGGCAUGUUAUUCAUGAAGAUUUUAAGCCAUUCUUGGAUGGUGUCCAGAUGAGAGUUCAAAAGACGAAGGAAAGUUACAAAGCCACUAUCAUUGAAGCAGAAGGUUUAAAAGAUAAAAUGCUGAAAACGCACACUAAAGUUGUGGGCCAAGCUUCUGCAUCUCCUUCCUCAUCUACUUCCUCUCCCACUCCCAAUAUCAAACAAGGGUAUUUGUACAUGCAGGAGAAAAGCAAGAUUCCCAAAACCAUAGGCAGGGAUGUGCUCGGUAAAUGGACCAAGUAUUACUGUGUAUUUCAAAGAGAAACUAGAAUAUUCACAAUUAUACCUGCUAACAGCAGUGUGAAAACAGAUAUGAAAGGAGCUCUUGGUCAGUCUAUCGCUUUCAAAUUGAAAGAAUGUGUUCGCCGAUCCUCAGAUAGUAUAGACAAAAGAUUCUGCUUUGACAUUACUGCUGACGAGAGGCCUGAGCCUAUGACGUUCCAAGCUCUUUCUGAAGAGGAUAGGAGGCAAUGGCUUGAUGCUAUGGAUGGAAAACAAACAGUUUAUUCUCCUGGUACAGGCCCUUCAUGCAGUGGUUUAGCAACCCAGCUGGAUGAAAAUGGAUUCGACUUCGUUCAGGCCUGUCUGUCCUCUCUGGAAGAUCGAGGUAUUCGUGAACAGGGAUUAUAUCGGAAUUGUGGAGUCACCUCCAAAGUGCAAAAAUUGAUGCAACUUGGAUUAGAUAAGCGGAAAUCUAGCGGCGAGAAGUUGAAUUUACGGGAUGAAUCGGAGUGGGAGACCAAAACUAUCAGUAGUGCUGUGAAGACGUAUUUAAGGAAUCUUCCGGAACCCCUAAUGACAUUCGAUUUGCAUAACUUAUUCAUCAAUGCUGCAAAGAUGGAUGACAAGAAAACACGUAUAGAUCAUAUUCAUUAUUAUGUGUAUCAAUUACCACAAAAUCAUAAAAAAAUGCUUGAAAUCGUAAUUCGUCAUUUAAAACGGGUAGCAGAUAAAUGUGAUGAAAACUUGAUGACUGUUGGAAAUUUGGGUGUAUGUUUCGGACCAACCUUAUUACGUCCAAAAGAAGAGACUAUGGCAGCUAUUAUGGAUAUCAAAUUUUGUAAUGUAGUUGUGGAAGUCUUAAUAGCGAACUGUGAAGUGAUUUUUGACACUGAACCGCCUAAAACUAUUGGGCAGCCUUGUCCGCCUAAGCCAGACCAUAGGCAGGUUCAGCAUGAACAAAGUCAUCCUGUAACUAAUAUAUCUCGUUUUGAUAACGGUAGAACCGCAUCUUCUUCUUUAUCCAUAUCUAAUAGUGUUGGUAGAACACGACCAGUUGCCACUGGCUCUCCAGCUAUCCAAGUUCGGACGGCUACAGUAAAGCAUACCGUGCCCCAAACAUCUGCCAGUGUUGUCCCGGCGUAUGAUUCCGUCCCCAGCGAUGCGAAAAAGGCUAUUCUUCCAUAUUGUGCUGCCAGCACAUCUGGGACAUCAGCUCAAAUAGCGUCAGCUAUAUCCAAUGCUCAACGUAGUGUUCCGAAAACUCGGGAUGAUAGUUCUGAUUCUUUGAAUUCGGUGAAUAGUAAUGGAUCUGAAAGUCCAAAAACCAGUAGCACAUCUUCUUCUAAAACUGUUUUAGGCGAGCCAAAAGCCAAAAUGAGUUCCUCGUACGCGCCUUCAUAUAAUCCGUUAGCAUGUGAAAGUUUCAGUGUACAUCGCGUUCCUACUGUACCUCUAGGGGUAUCACAAUUGGACACCAUGUUGCAAGCUCGAGCUACUCCCAUGUAUUCUUCAUUUGUUAAUCCUAGUAUGCAACCAAGCCGGAGGGUGAAAACGUUGUACGCUUGUACCCCGGACCAUGAAUCUGAGCUGUGUUUUCAGCCAGGUCAAAUUAUCACAAAUGUUUAUGAAUCGAAAGAAGAAGGCUGGUUAGUGGGAACUCUAAACGGGAAGACGGGCUUAAUUCCAUCCAAUUAUGUGGAACCUUUACCAUAG